AUUAUCGGCCGACAACAAGUGCUCUUUUAUUUUUGUGAGUACCGGGUCACUUGUGUGCGGUCCAAACAACUUGACUUACAAGUAUGCCAUUCAGUUCUUGGUCGUCAACGGUGGUGAAGAGAGUGUGUACGUGUACGUUAAAAGUUCAAUUGUGUUAAUUGUGCGCGCCCGUGUUUUUCUCCUGAGCAAUAUCAAGGCAACAACAACAACAAUAACAACAACAGCAACAACAAGAGCCAAUUUAUCUAUGAAAAUACUGUAUUAACCACUCUAUAUGUAUUUUGGCGCUUAAACUAACAUCAACAACAACAACAACGACAACAACAAAAACAGCAACAUCAACAUCAACAAAAGUAACUACCUCAAUACCUGUCACAUAAAAGCUACUAUCGCCAUCAGCCACAUCAUCGUCAUCGAAAAUGCCUGCCGUAGCCGCCGUAACAACUGCCGCCCCCACACCGUCUCCUGUUUCGUCAUCGUCAUCUUCAUCAUCAUCGCCAUCGGCCAAUUCACAACUCACAGCCAUCAGCGAAAUCAGCGAACUGCAUCAAUUGCGUGAUUUAUACCGUCGUGAUUGGCCUACCCACUGUGUGGGCUACUAUUGUCUGUGCAAUUUCAUUGACUGGCUGGAGAGGCGUCAGCAGCUGAGCUCAGUGGCGGAUAUGAAAAAUCUGCAGAUAUUCACACUGGACAACGAUUGGAAUAGCGAUGGACUUUUUCUGGUUGUGGAUCGUUACCAACUUUUCAUAAACUCACUGCGGAGCAGCGUGGAAAGUGAACGUCUGGCCAAAGCCAUCUCUUUACUCAACUGGACUUGGCCGGGUUUCAAAGUAAGCUCGUUCCGAGAAUGUCAUCGCCCCGCAGUGCUGAGUGUGGUGCACGAGAAGCAGCUACGCUUGGAGUACGACAGUCUAACCGUAAUGUAUUAUAAACCUUGCGAGGAAGUAUUAAAGUUGCCAAUAAAUUGUCCCGAUGGUUUUUUGUUACGUCCGCUAAAUGCCGCAACUGAUGCUGACUUAAUCGACACACUCUGGCCAAAUCAUCAUCAGGGCUCACGAUUUUUGAUUAAACGCCUCAUCGAAUGGAAUGCGAAUAUGGGCGUUUACACCAAAGACUCCAAUGAGCUAGUGGCAUGGUGCUUGCGCCUCCAGGGCGGCUUUCUCGGCGCUUUGCAGGUAAAAGAAAAUUUCAAACGUCGCGGUUUGGGUAGCGUGGUUGCGGCAGCCACUGCGCGUCGCAUUGCCGAGCAAGGCGAUGAUGUAAUGGCAUUGGUGAACGAGGUUAAUCUCGCGUCACGUGGCAUGUUCGACAAGCUGGGAUUCAAGAUUGUCGAUAAAUGUUAUUGGCUGCGUACAUUCCCUACAAGUGACGUGGAGCGGAUGUGGCCAGACGGCGAGUAGGAGACAGUAAUGCGCAUAAAAUUCUGAAAUGUGAAGAGAAAUAUUUAAAAAGAA